AAAUAAAAAAGAUGGAAUUUGCAACUUAUUCUCAAAGGCUUGAGACUAAAACCCAUUUGAUAGCUGAAUAUGAAGCAUUUAAAGAACAAGAACAGAUGCCAACUGACAUAGUACAAAUGAAUAAUUGUUUUGAAGAGAAAGAAAAUGUGUUAUUAGCUGCAAUAUACGAACCUAUUCAAGAAUCUGAUACUAACAAUGAAAUUCAGGCUUAUCUCGCAUUACCAAGGAUUCCAAGUAACUAA